GAGGAGAUGGAGGAAAGAGUCCAGAGUCUGCAGGAACACAGGAGGAAAGUAGAAGAAGAAGCAGCUGGUGACACCGAGAGAGUCACUGCCCUGUUUAGAGAUCUCAGGAGACAUCUGGAAGACCUGGAGAAGAGAGUCCUGAGGGAAAUCUCCGGGAGGGCAGAGCAGGUCUCCAUCUUCAUCCGGGAUCUGGAAAUAAAGAAGGAGGAGCUGUCCAGGAAGAUGCGUGACAUUGAGGAGCUGUGUAACAUGACGGAUCCACUGACUGUCCUACAGGAAUCAGACACAGGUGACUUGUGUGAUACUGAGGAUGGAGAUAAUGAGGACAGAGAGAGACAUGAGGAACUCCUCCAUGAUGGAGGGGGGGCUGGAUGUGGCUGGGAUAUCACACACAUUACACACAUUAUCUGAUAUAAUAACAGAGGGAAAUGUAUCCUUCUAUAUACAGGGAGCUGAGGACAUAUUACUGGAUGGAAACACAACUCAUAAUAAUCUACAUAUAUCAGAUGACAGGAAAACUGUAUCCAGGUCAGAUAGAAACUAGAAUCGUCCAGAAACUCCAGAGACAUUUCAGGAUUGUCCUCAGGUGUUGAGCAGUCGGAGUUUCUCCUCAGGGAGACAUUACUGGGAAGUGGAUGUCGGGGGAUCUGGUGGAUGGAGAGUCGGGAUGUGUUACCCCAGUAUAGCGAGGAGAGGACGGCAUUCAGGGAUUGGAUAUAAUAACAAGUCCUGGUGUUUGUACAGGGAUGGUGGUCAGCGUAGAGUGAUACACGAUAGUAAUAAGAUCCUCUUACCCUCCAAUCCCCCCAGUCCCAGAGUCAGGAUAUAUCUGGAUUAUGAGGCCGGGCGGAUCUCCUUUUAUGAUCUGUGUGACCCGAUCCGACACCUCCACACCUUCACCACCACCUUCACUGAGCCCCUCCAUGCUGGGUUAGGUGUAUGCAGAGGUUGGAUAAAGAUAUGUGGGGGGAAUCAGGAGAAGAGAG